AGAAAUCUUCUUCGAUAAGAAUUGAUAACUUUUUCCCACAAAGUCGAAGGAGAGCCUCUCCCCAAAAAUGGUGUUGUUAACUGGAGACGCCCUGCCACGGGUCGAGCCGCAAAGCUCUGCCAAGGUACAGAAGCGGUUUGGCUGGGGAUACCGGGACAGCUAUUUUUAUGAAAGAGGGAAGAUUUUCGACAUUACCAUAGAUUAUAGAGGACUUACAUUUAGAUGUUUUCGAUUUACAGCCUGCCCUCUCGUCAACUUCUGAUCAUGCCUCUCGUAGAAGUAGAUAAAAUGCCCUCUCGGUCUCCUAUCUACUUGUCCUAUAAGACUUCUUCGAUGUGGUCUACUCUUCUUCCUCUUCUCUAAUGUUUUUUUGGCAAAGAAGGCGUGAUCCGGUUUGCGGGUGAGCGGUACCCCAUUUCGGGAUGUAACGUGCCGAAUUUGGUUC